AUGCUCGGUUUGCUGUCAGUGCUUCUUUUUGCCUCAUUCUGUGAAGCAGCUGCGGAAAUAUAUUACAACAGCUUCGGUGUAGCGUGCAAAAAUAACCAAAACAAUUGUGCUCAGAAUAGGUGCAUCUUUGUGGGGCGAGAUGAGUUGUGCACCCAGUGCGUUUCUGGCUACGUCCCGAUAAAUGGAACAUGUCAGCUGCUAGAUGCUUCUUCUGUAUGCAUUCCAGAUGACGCCUCGUCGCCGACUCGAUGUGUCGAGUGCAAGUCAGAGCAAAACGUGUUCCUAUUCUACGGUGGCUGCUAUACGAUAGAUCAAUCUACUGUCGGGAGUGACAUCUGUUGUCAAGCAACAGGCGGCAAGUGUACCGAAUGUAACGUACAAACUAUCAAGAAAUAUGUCUUCACCAAUCCAGAUGUGGGUGCAGCUGAGAAGUGCAUUCUGUGCUCCGACACGGUCGGGUUCAAUGGGUACAAGGGCGCCUCUGGGUGUCUAGACUGCCUUCCCCCCAUCACUGACAAAGUAGGUAUUGCGCUGUGCUUUGAAUGUAAUCCUAGAAGUCUCUAUCCGAUUGACUAUCAGUGUCAAGCCAAAGGGCUUCACAACUGCAUUAACGGGUAUUGUACGUCAUGCCACAAGACACAUUUGUUCUAUGAAUAUGGAUGCUAUAGUCGACACAGUUCGACUGGAUUUGCCAUAUGCGCGGGGGCGAAUCAGUACGAGCUAGACAACGUGACGAUCUGCACAGAGUGCGUGAACACGUCGCACGCACCCAAGAAUGGGGGGUGCACCUUCGUCGGGGAAAGCGCCUCCGGAAGCCUGUUUUCUGACUGCACGAAAGAUGCAAGCAGAGGGUUGUGCACAGGUUGCUCCAGCACCGGGAAGUCUUUCUUGUUCUAUGGCGGCUGCUAUGACAGAAACUCCUUCAUCGGCUCAAGGCUGUGCCAGAAGAUCGACCAGGGAAAAUGCACCCAGUGGAGCAGUACUUUUGACUUCAUUUUUCCUAAAACUGAUACUAGCAGUGGCGACCGAUACUUAUGCGGCGACGCUGGAAACAACGGUGUGCGUGGCUGUGCUACAUGCGGCUACAAUAACGGUGUGACGUGUACGCGGUGCUCGGCGGGAUACCUAGGAGUGGAUGGGAAGUCCUGCAGUGAGAGCUGCAGUGGAGACACUCGGGGGGCGUGCACAGAGAUAGUAGAAAAGAGUAGCUCAACCAAGAUACUGUCGUGCCGCUGCGUCUGCAGGCCGACGUUCUACAACAGCUCUGGAACGUGCACACCAUGCACAAACUCGUGCGCUGUCUGCAAAGAUGGCACACCAACCGGCUGCCAGCAGUGCAGUCCCGGUAAGAUCCUGAACUUCUCGAUUGCCUCCAGCGAGAGCGCAGACUGCGUUAGCCAGUGUUCUGUUGGUAGUGAGUGUGCAGAGUGCGGCAUCACCAUCGACGGCAGCAGGUACUGCACGCGCUGCAAGGACGCAAGCACGUAUCCGUUCAACGGGGUGUGUAUUCCGAACACACAAAGGGACGCGUACUGUACCAGUACGACAAAUGGUGCUUGUACUACAUGCUCAGGAGCGGCCUUCCUGAUGAACGGGGGCUGCUACACAACGGUGCACUAUCCAGGAAGCACUAUCUGUGGUAAGCAGUCAAACGGAAAGUGCACAACGACCAAGAAGGGGUACUGGAUAUCGGACGAUGGAAAGCUGCUGGAGUGCGAUCCGACAUGUCUGGGGUGCACUGCCCCUGGCCCCGGCCGCUGCACCAGGUGCCCCUCUGACAAGCUCCUGAAGAGGACCUCGGGUGCCACCACCGGGAGCUGCAUUGACCCCAACGCCUGUGGGGACGGGUACUACGCAGACGGAGAUGCGUGCCUGCCCUGCGCCACUCCGGGGUGCAAGACCUGCGGGCAUACCUCCUUCUGCACAGAGUGUGCGGGGGAGCUCUUCGUGAGCCUGGACGGGCGGUCGUGCCUGGGGGAGUGCAGUGGGGACAAAGUGGUGGGAGAGGUGUCCGGUGGCGUGCGGAGGUGCUGGUGCGAGCGGGGCUUCCUGCCGGCGCUGGACAGGUCCGGGUGUGUGCUCCCAACCGAGUGUCCCCCUGACAUGCCGUUGUGUGCUGCCUGCGAUGAGUCGGGUAAGUGCCUCUUGUGUGCCGCCUCGAAUCAUAACAUCCAGAUAGAUCAGCGGACAUGUGCAGAGGGGUGCGGUGCCAGGGCCUCAUCGAACCAGGGGCUGUGCAUGUGCGAGCUCGACGCGGUCCUCACGAAGGGCGUCUGUGUCCCAGCCAAGGAGCUGGCCAGGAAGAGGACGGCGGCGAUCGCAGGGGGGACAGUGGCCGGGGUAGUUGUCAUCGGUGUUUUGGUUGGUUUCCUUUGCUGGUGGUUCCUUUGUAGAAGCAAGCACAUCGGUGCUUCUUCGAGUACUACAGCGCUCGUUCGCUCAAAAUCUGUGUAA